AUGAAUUCUCCCCAAUUUGAAAAGCGAGGAAAGAAUAGGGGUGAUAGAAAAACUAGCGAAACGGUCGAAACUGAAACAACCGUGUUAAAAAAACAUGCUUUUUGGUAUGAAGCAACAGGAAUAAAAGAUGAAUUAAUUGUAGCCUUGGAACAAUCAAAAAAAAUCUUAAGUAGCAUAGAAAAAGUUGAGGAAAAUUUAGAAUUUAUUAAGUUUGUUUCUAAAGAAGAUGAAGAACUAAAUGAAUAUGCAAAAAAAGUCAUACUAUCCAGUGGUAGUGCUCUACUUUUAGCUUUUUAUAGUGCUUAUUAUGAAAUAGAAAUUUCGGAUAGUUUUUCGAUAACUGGUCAAAUUGAAGAUGAUGGAAAUAUAAGCAAAAUUGGGGGGGUUAAAGAAAAAAUAAUUAAAGCGAUUAGAGACAAAAAAAUAAAAAAUUUAAUUUUGCCACAAGAAAAUCACGAAAAAGCCCUCAAAAUUCUAGAUAAAUACUAUAAAAAAUAUUCUGUUUCUGAAAAACUAAAUCUUUACCCAGUAAGCCAUUGA